AUGGGCAAAAAGCGCGUUCUUGUCGGUUACGGUGUUGACAUUGACGCAGUAGCCGGCUGGCUAGGCUCAUACGGAGGAGAGGACAGCGUAAACGACAUCAGUCGAGGUCUCUGGGCAGGACACGUCGGCACACCCCGCGUGCUAAAACUAUUCGAAAAGUACAACAUCAAAGCAACAUGGUUCAUCCCAGGACACACGCUGGACACCUUCCCUGAAGAAUGCGCAAUGGUCAGGGAUGCCGGCCAUGAGAUCGGGUUACACGGCUACUCGCACGAGAAUCCCUGCGACUUGUCCACUGAGCAACAACGCGAUAUCCUCGACAAGACAUACAAGAUGUUGACGGACUUUUGCGGAAAGCCACCGCGCGGAAUUGUCGCGCCGUGGUGGGAGGCCAGUGCAGAAAUGGUUGAGCUCUUGCUCGCUUAUGGGAUUGAAUAUGAUCAUUCCAUGUCCCAUGAGGAUUGCCAAAUGUACUGGCUGCGGACUGGAGAUACGUGGACAAAGAUUGACUACAAGCAAAAGGCCGAGACUUGGAUGAAGCCUCUGAUCAAGGGUAAUUCAACGGGUCUUGUGGAGAUUCCAGGUAGUUGGUAUAUUGAUGAUUUGCCACCGAUGAUGUUUAUCAAGAAUUCAGCGAAUAGUCAUGGAUGGGUAAAUCCGCGGGAUGUUGAGGAUAUUUGGAAGGAUCACUUUGACUAUUUCUAUCGAGAGUACGAUGAGUUUGUUUUCCCUAUGACAAUUCAUCCUGAUGUUUCUGGUCGGCCUCAUGUGUUACUCAUGCACGAAAGCCACGAGGGAGUGGAGUGGGUGACCUUCGAGAAAAUGUGCGAUGAGUUCAAAGGAAAGAACCAGCCACCUCCAGGUGCACUCAUGCCAGCUUCUCCCGGUGCGAUUGCAAAUGCAGAGGUAGAGGGAGAGAAACAGAAAUAA